GUGGCGAGGUAUAUGUACGGCUCUCGAAGUGGCGAGCGGCUCAUUCAGACUUUCUGUGACUUUCUCAAGCUACCAAUAUGAGCGGAAGAGGCAAAACCGGAGGCAAGGCCAGGGCGAAGGCAAAGACCCGUUCAUCCCGUGCUGGCCUCCAGUUCCCCGUGGGCCGUGUGCACAGGCUGCUGCGCAAAGGCAACUACGCCGAGCGUGUGGGCGCUGGCGCACCAGUCUACCUGGCCGCCGUACUCGAGUACCUGACUGCUGAGAUCCUGGAGUUGGCCGGCAACGCUGCCCGUGACAACAAGAAGACUCGUAUCAUCCCCCGUCACCUACAACUGGCCGUCCGUAACGACGAGGAGCUGAACAAACUGCUCGGCGGUGUGACCAUCGCUCAGGGUGGUGUGCUGCCCAACAUCCAGGCAGUCCUACUCCCCAAGAAGACCGAGAAGGCAGUCAAAGCCAAGUAAAUUCGCUACUGCGACUUCAACUUGACUACUCAACCCCCAAAGGCUCUUUUAAGAGCCAACCACCUAGCUCUCCAAAAGCGCAAAGUACCUUUCUAUGACCGCAAUACAUUGAGUGGGUGUAUACACAACUAUUUCGACAUUCUGUGCCCACAUGAGGCCUUGCAUGAACAACAACACCUACUUGGCCUCAUUUGCCAUAGCAGGCUAGCAUUAGAUGAUACGUGCCUAUAAGCUGUCACUCUUGACUUUGGCGACUAUUAUUGCGCGUAAAGGGCCGGCGGCGUCCUAUUGCGCGCGCACCGGGAGUUUGAGUUUUGGAGAGGCCGGGCCUCCCGUCCAAUGGCCAACGGAGGAGGCCUGCGAAACGGGCCAAUCGGGGUGGUGGGGAGAUGGUGUCCAAUCAGCAGGCGCCACUGCCGGCUUUAUAAACUUCAC